AUGCCUCCUCGCAAAAGCAACAUCUCGCAAAUCAGCGCUGCGGGCGACGAAGGCACUCCGGUCAAAGAGCGCGAGGGUAUUAAUAUUGAGGACCUCUCCCUUCCCCGUACAAUGGUCCAACGUCUCGCCAAAGGCGUCCUCCCCCCCAACACCUCCUUACACAAGGACGCCAUCCUCGCCAUGAGCAAAGGCGCCACGGUCUUCAUCAACUACCUCGCCCACGCCGCCAACACCGCCUCCCUCUCCACCGGCAAACGCACCAUACCGCCCAACGCAGUCAUUGAAGCCCUUGCGGAGCUCGAGUUUCAGGACUUCGGGCCGAGGGUGGAGGCCGAGUUGAAGAAGUUCAACGAGGUGCAGACGGGGAAGCGGAAUGAGUAUAGGAGGAAGGUCAAAGAGGGCAAGAUGAGUGGUGCGAAGGGGGAGGAUGGUGGUGAGGAGGGGGAGGAUGAGGAGGGGAGGGCGAAGAAGAGGGUCAGGAGGGAGGAGGGGCAUGAGGGGCAUGAGGGGAGGGAGAGGAGGGAGAGCGGGACGGGGGAUCCGAGCGCGCAGCUGCAGACGGGGUAUAGGGAGUACGAGCCCGAAGACCCCGAAGACCCCGACGACGACGACGACGACGACUUUGACGCCGAAGGGCAGACGGGUGAGGAGGGGGGGAAUGAUGCGUCUAAUCUCGAACCCCGGCCAAGAGCUUCGCGAGACGAAGAAGAGGAGGAGGAGGAGGAGGAUGAGGAUGAGGACGAAGAUGAGGACGAAUAUCCGGAUGAGGGGAGACGGCUUAGUUCGGUGGAGAGAGAGGCGAAUGGGAGUUUUGAUACCCCGGGGGAUGAUGCGGUCACGCCUGGGAGUUCGGCGGAUGAGGUCUUGAGUGAGGACGAGGGCAGUGAUUGA